ACCCACAAAAAGCGUGGAGAAGUGUCGACGGUCUUUUCCACUCUGGCAAGAAGGCGUGAAGAGCGAACUAAAUCCUAACAUUGUUUAUCGCUUGCUGCUGGAGAAGACGAUGUCACGAUAUCCGUAUCAACAAAAUCAAGAAUUUGGUCGAGGAGAUAGGUACGAUCGACUGACGAACUACAACAAUGCCCGGUCUCAGUCAUCAGCUUAUCGUCCUAGCGACAGCCUUUACGACGAACAUUAUGGCAAGCGGGGUGCAACUCAGGAACGUCCAAAUGACCGACGAAGGAUGGGAGGUGGUGGGGGUCAACGAAACAUAUCCCGAGAACCACAACAGCAAUAUAGAGGAAGAGAUGACAGAAGGCCUGGAGGCUAUAGGGGUGGCAGUGCCCCAGAAGCUGGAGGUCUCUUGGGUGCCAGCCCCAAUGACCCAGUUCAAAGCUCGCCAGGAAUGUUGGGAGGCAACACUACCCAGCAACAAUUGGCAGCAGCCAUGCAAGCACAUCAAACACAGAAUCUACUUGCAAUCCUCCAAGCGCAGCAAUUUUCUGGUAUGAAUUCUGGAAGCCUGUUGCCUACACCUACAGGGAUGAAUCAGAGAGGAAAGGGACCAGGACGUCAAUUUGUUGACAAAAACAGAAGACCAUUUCAGCCUCAGAAAAGGAGAGGCCCACCCCAAGAUCAAGGUCAAAGUUUUAAGAGAAGAAAAGAAGACCAAGGCAACAGAGGUCCAUUGAUCCCACCAUGGAAGCAAGGAAAGCAACAAUAUAUCAAGCCGCAACAUCAAAAACAGCUCAAAGACACGAAGCCCAGAAAGGCUGAAGGAGAGGAAGAUGAUGUUUAUGAAUUCAUGCAAGAUGAAGAGGCAAAGCAGAUUGAGGAUCUAGAAAGCAUCGAAAUACCACAAGAACUUAUUGAUAAAAUCGAAGAGUUGAGGAAGAGAACUAAGAUUGAUAGAAACAUUGCAGACCAAGAUGUUGACAAACUUUCAGCCUUUCAUUUUGAUGGACAAAACUACAAGUGUGAAUUGUGCAAGAUUGUUGCCCAUAGAUAUAAAAGUAUCAAGCAACACUUCAUGGGUAAAAAGCAUUCAUUAAAUGUUAUUGAGGCAAGACAGGCUGGGAAUGAUGUUGAUAGAGAGAUUAUGGAUAUUAUGCUCCACCCAGAGAAUUGGCUUGAGCUGAAUCCAUCUGCAAAAGUUAUAUUAAAGCGACAAACGAUUGGUUUUAUGGAAGCAAAAAGGAAGGAAGAGGAAGAGUUCAAAAUAAAGCACCCUGAAAAUUAUGUAACAUACAGAAUGGACACACGCAAGUCUGCAACAAAGAUAGAUGGCUCAGUUAUCAUCAGACAUGUGUGCGAAUCAGUUGUUUCCAUAAAGGAUUUUGCUGGCGAAAAGCAGCUUUUUGGGUGUGAGUUUAUCAAGGCUGCAUCUGGUUUUGAUUGCCGCCUCUGCAAUAAGUUACUGAGCAAUGGGGCUAAUGCAUUAGAACACAUCAGAACUCCGCAACAUAUUGACGCAUAUCAGAAAUAUAUGGAAGACCACCCUGGGUAUCAUGACAACAUUGUGAAAAGAAAUAAAGACAUCGUUGGUGUUUUGGAUCAACAUGAUGGAAGCGAGGUUGUUCUCUACGAGGCUCAUGAGGAAGAAACGGAGAACCAACAAACUAUCAAAAACAGAUAUGUUCAGAAAGAUGAUCCGGAAUUUGUCCGCAUAGAAAAAUCGGUUCCAGAAUGGCAUCCAAAAGACAACGAAGAAGAAGAAGAAGAGAAUAAGGAAGACUGGGAAGAAGAAGCUAGGGAGGAGAGUGAGCAGCUUCAUCAAAAUGAAGGCGCUUCUGAGGAAUGUCCAGAAGAUGAACCUUUAGAUGAAGAAGUGCCUGCACAGGGAUUCGAUGAGGAGGAUGUUAAUGGGUCUGCAAGUGAUGGUGAAGUGGCAGAUCAAGGGUUACAGCAAGAUGAACCAAUCGAUGUAGAGCCGCCGGAAGAAGGAGAAAUAACCGAUGAAUUACCGCAGACAAGAGAAGAAUUGUACGAACCAUCACAGCCUACCGAUGAUACAGAAGGGGAUGCUGCUGUGGACACUGAGCAAGAACCUGCUACUGAACCAGCUACUGAACCAGCUGUCGUGCAAAAGACGCUACCCCCGGUUAAAAAGCCUACCCCUAAAAACAGUCCGGCUACGAUGACAGCGCCUUCAAGACCUGUGGCCCAGUCAAGGCAGCGAGGAAGAGGUAGUCAGAGGGGCAUCAGAGGUAGUCCAAGGGGUCGUGGAGGAAGACAGGCACAAAGAGGAGCAAAGGGCUCAAGAGGAAGACAGAGUCCUGCCGAUGAAAAGUUUGAAGUGGUCGACGAAGUUGGUGCUGAGUAGAGGUGCAGUUAAAGUGGCUCAACUGCCGCGUUUUGAACAAACCUCCUUUUGUGACGUCCUGCACCAAUAUCAAAGUUGUGUUCAAUAUAUGCAACUUUCGCUUAAGUUGCAAUAUCAGUAAAUGAUAACGAUUCAAGUAACCUUUUUGUUCGUUUUCAUAUGGUAUAUCGGUCAAGUUACCAAAUUUUAUUCAAUUUUUAAAACCAACUUUUUAAACGACAGGCCAAAGUCUUGUGGGUUACUUUUCUAAAUGGUGUUUGUAAAGAAGCCUGCAAAAAACGAAGUCAUAGUAUAACAUAUAUAUAACUAACAGAUUUUAACAACGCGAGCUUUCGUUAUUAACGCAUUUAAUCUUGGUAUUAUGUUUCCUAGAAUUUAAAAGCUUAUAUCUUAGUACAUCAUAUCGAAAUUAAGUUUCACUGUUGA